AGUGGGACAUUGUGACAUCAUCAGUGAUGGUCUCAGAUGGUUUCCUAUUGCAGACCUCCAGUCCUAGCUGUUACAGCAAGUCCAUUCCUCUACCAUGAGUGUGGAGCAGCUAAAAUCAACAGAUCCACAUGUACCUUGAGGUGACAGACUGGCUCUGAACAAGUUGAAAUCAUCACAGAAGGAUAAAGUUCGUCAGUUUAUGAUCUUCACACAAUCUAGUGAAAAAACAGCAGUAAGUUGUCUGUCUCAAAAUGACUGGAAGUUAGAUGUUGCAACAGACAAUUUUUUCCAAAAUCCUGAACUUUAUAUACGAGAGAGUGUAAAAGGAUCGUUGGACAGGAAGAAGUUAGAACAACUAUACAAUAGAUACAAAGAUCCUCAAGAUGAAAAUAAAAUUGGAAUAGAUGGUAUACAGCAGUUUUGUGAUGACCUGGCACUCGAUCCAGCCAGCAUUAGUGUGUUGAUCAUUGCGUGGAAGUUCAGAGCAGCAACACAGUGCGAGUUCUCCAAGCAGGAGUUCAUGGACGGUAUGACAGAGUUAGGAUGUGACAGCAUAGAAAAACUAAAGGCCCAGAUACCCAAGAUGGAACAGGAAUUGAAAGAACCAGGACGAUUUAAGGAUUUUUACCAGUUUACUUUUAAUUUUGCAAAGAAUCCAGGACAAAAAGGAUUAGAUCUAGAAAUGGCCAUUGCCUACUGGAAUUUAGUGCUUAAUGGAAGAUUUAAAUUCUUAGACUUAUGGAAUAAAUUUUUGUUGGAACAUCAUAAACGAUCAAUACCAAAAGAUACUUGGAAUCUUCUUUUAGACUUCAGUACAAUGAUUGCAGAUGACAUGUCUAAUUAUGAUGAAGAAGGAGCAUGGCCUGUUCUUAUUGAUGACUUUGUGGAAUUUGCACGCCCUCAAAUUGCUGGGACAAAAAGUACAACAGUGUAGCACUAAAGGAACCUUCUAGAAUGUACAUAGUCUGUACAAUAAAUACAACGGAAAAUUGCACAGUCAAUUUCUGCUGGCUGGACUGAACUGAAGAUCAAUCCUCACAAUUCAGACUGAGGGUUGUGUCAAAACUUUAAGGAUACAUCUUGGACCAUAUCGUAUUUCAUUCUUCUAAUGGUGGUUUGGGCUUGUCUUCUAGUCUGGGCCGCUCUAAACAUUUAUAAUUCCAACAUUGUGGAUUUCAUCUUAUAUCUGUGGACCAUCCUAGUUUAUUCUCCCAUAAGUCGUAGAAGCUUUAUGGUGAUUAUUUUGAGGUUUCCAUUCUUGCAUAAAGCACAAUGCUGUCUUCAUCAGAAAACAGUUUGGCAUAAGAAUUAAACAUAUGAACAUCACAAACAAUUUAUAAAAACUUCUUAAAUAUAUGCUUUGGGCUAGUUGCAAAGACUAUGCUGAUAGCACUUCCAAUGAGAGUGAUAUAUUUAAAGUGUACCGGAUCUGGAAUGGUGUUUUGGUUUGGGGGAUUUUUUUUUUUUCCUGGCAAAUCACAUGUAUUGUUGAUGUGAGUAGAGUAACUGAUGUCAAAAUAACCAACGUGAAAAUUUUUUAGGAUAACUUGGUGUGCCUACCUGAAAAAUAUAUUGUGUUUCAGACCCUCGAUUUCAAAAGGUUCCACAGAACUAGUCUGCACUUAUCUUACCCAUGUUUAUAUAUAGUUGUCUUACAGGGAGCUUUUAUUUAGAAAAUGCAUAAUGUUAGAUUCUACUCCUAUCUACAUUAUGCACUACAUAAUUGGAUUUCAUUAUGAUUUUCAAAUGCUUAUAUGCCUGUCGAAUAAGUUAAACUAUUUAAUUUGUUUUGAAUGUUUUAGACUGCUACACAAUACAAUAUUCUAAAUUUAGGCAUGAGGGUUUAUUUUUGUUUUGUUUUUUGUUUUUGUCAGCACACUAUGGAACACAAAUGAAAUUCUCUUAAUUUAUAAGAAGAUAGUAGGAAUUAAAUUUUGAAAAUGGUCAUGAUGAGCCAUGAAGUUCAAUCCUUAUAGGUACUGCAUUCAUACAAAUAGUCCAUUUUUGAUGACUUCUUAUUUUGUUGAAAUUGCUUUAACUGCUAAUCACUGUGGUUGCCAAAUACUUCAGGAGCAAAAAUUUUCAAGCAAGCAUGUACUUGAUGCAAAAUACCAAUCUGGCUUUUAUUUUUGUAAAUUAUUUAGUUUCUUCACCUUGUUUGUUUCGUUUAAAUUAGCUCAGUUUUCACAUCAAAGCAGAAUUCUAUCUUGUAUGUAUUUUUUUCAUUACAAGACCCAUGAACUGCUUUCAUGCUGAAAAUGCCUCAUUUCUCUUUAAACUUCCUGACACGUGAAGAGUUUACUGCUUUCUUAAACAUUUCUGUAAGGCAAGUAAAAAAAAAAAUGUAAAAUUUCAUACAUUGGAUGACUUUGGUGUUUAGCAGGACAAGAUUUUGCUUUGUAUAUGCAAGCAACUCUCUAAGGUCCUGUGUUAAAAUUAUCAAAGGAGUGUACUUCAGAAUAGUAGUAUGUUUUAUGUAGAUGUGGAAAUGAUUUUAAGAAACAAUGACAUCUUAUAACUACUUUUUAUUUACGUAAUUUCUGAAAUUGAGCUUACCCCAUAGAUACUAUAUUAAUAUUCCAAUCAUAACUUUAACUCAAGAAUAUAAUUCUACCAAAAGAAUAUUUUGAAAAUUUCUAUUCAGGUUACUGGAAUUGGUUAUUUUAAAAAAGAAAAAGAAAAGAAUCCUGCUGCUUUCAGUAUUUCCUGAUUUCAUAUUUGUAAAUAUAAAGAGGAACUUCAAUUAUGAAAAAUUUAAAAAGAUAUAUAUAUAUGUACUAUUUUGUUUUUUGUCUUGAAGAUUUUGAGUUAUGGUAUUGUUUUCGGAUUGAUUAAUUCGAGUAUGCUGUGUUUUAAAAUGAGAUCCCAUUAGCUUUUUUUUUUUGUUUUUUUUGUUUUUUUCAAUAUAAAUGGUUUUUCUUAGAAGUCUGAUAUUGGUUCAUGGCUUAGUGCCUUUGGGUUUACAGACUUUUCCUUUUAAAUGCAAGACCUUUUUCAACAAAAUAGUGUUUGUCAUCAUUUUGGUACUAAACAUUUAUAAUUACUGUGUAAUUAUAAACAAAAAAUACAUAAAGCUUUGAAUAUAAUUAUGUAGCAUAAAAGUUAAGGUUGUUCACUCUAUGACGGCAUCUUAGAAUUAAACAAUACUAUUACUAGGGCUGAAAAGAGAAGACUGGUUUAAUGUGGUGUGAUUAUUUUGAGGAUAAAUGUCUGGUUACAGGGAAUAUUUUAUACUAAAAAAAUACGCAUAUGGCCAUGUAUGUGUGUGAGUGUGUCUGUGAGAUUGACAGGUUGGAAGAGACAUACAUGUUCACACACACACACACACACACACGCACACACACACACACAACUUGAAAUGCUUUAAUUCAUUAGUGUUUCAGUCUUCAUUUUGGUCAACUCCCCAGGCUGAUUCUUUGUUUUAAAUUGAACCACAGGUACAAUUUUCUUUUUGCCAAAUGUCAAUACAGGUACACAUUUUAAAAUGUAAUGCUUUUUAAUAGUAAAGUGUAUAAAAUUAGAAGUGCCCACAUAUAAAAAGACUUGAGAUCAAGAUUCUCUUUAGUGACUAUCAUCUGCAUAUCUCUGUAAGUUCAAUUGUGCUUCUUACAAUCCCUGUCAUAUUACCAACAGAGGCAAUAAAAGCUUCAGUGAAAUUGCCAUGACUAAAUCAUUUCACAUAUUAUUUCAGUGUAAUAUUUUCAAAGACUAAAAUAUACCUUAAACUUUUCCAGGAAGAAUAAUUAUUCAUGGAAAGAGCAUUGUAAUGGCAAGUUUUGGGAAGAAAAGACAUGCCAAGUCUUGUUUACUACGUUUUUAAAAUGUUUACAACUAUACUGGGCUGCUUUAUUUAAUUAACAGUACUGUAGUUGUGUAAUAUGGCAUUAUAAGUGUGUGUUCUUCAUUAGACUUUUAAAAAGUUUUAAUGAGCGAAAGUAAAAUAACAUGGGAAAUUUUUUAUAUAAUACCCUUACUGGGGAAUUUUAUUUAAGCAAGGUUAUACUAUUUUUUUUUCCUCAGAAAGAUUUAAGCGAAUGAAGUGUUCAUCUAUUUUUUAUUUGAUGAUAAUCAAGGAAUUUGAGUAGUUGUAGCUAGUUUAAUGUGCACUUUGCUUAGAUUUUUAAAAACAUGUUAAGACUACGUAUUGUAAAACUUCUGUAAUUUUACAUAUGAAUGGCAGAAGAAAGUUACACCUAAUGAAAGAAUUUUGGAAUGAAAAAGGAAAGUGGUGCUGGGGAAAUAUAUUAGAGUUCACAAAGUAUGCCUUUGUAAACCUGAGUCAACUUUUAGCAAGAAUUAAUUUAUAUAGUUCUAAAUGUUAAGUUGUAUAUUUAAUAGAAAAUAAUUAUUUGGCACCUCAGCAGUUUUCUUUAAAUGUUACUUUAUAAUACUUUUAACAAUAUGAUUUAUAUUGAAUACAUAGAUGUUUUGAUAAAAUUUUAUCAAAUUUGAUUAUGUAAUGAUAAAAUGUUUUUAAAAUGUGAACUAUUUAACUAAUAUCUUAAAACUGAGGACACAAUACCUGAAUUGUGAUUUCUACAUAAUGUGAUAAUUAGGGUUCAAAUUAUGGCUCAUCAUUUAAUUGAUUAUAAACGAGUAUAUUUUAAACUA